CAUUGGUAGGAAAUCCGCCACGUGUCAUAUCUUCAACCACAUACCUGAUACCUCAGAAUCUUAGGAAAAUUAAGCUACACAACUUCAUGUAACUGUUGUAGCAGGACGCAUGGCAGGCUCUUUGUAACUGGCCUGACUCUCUCUCUCUCUCUCUCUCUCUCUAAAUAUUCACGCAUUCCCUCCCUUUCUUUCUCCUUCAUUUCAGUUAUAUAUAAAUAUAUAUAUAUAUAUAGAUAAUAUAUCUUGUACUUCCCUGGUUGGAGUACUGUGUAUAAUAAAAGGAGUGGCCGCAGAAGGAAAGCAAUUCUGGUGGAUUUGAGGGACUAUUAAGAGGAAAGAUGGUUUGAGAAAAUUUUCUGUGAAUAUUGUUUCCAGAGGGGGCCAUUCUAGAAUGGAAUCGUCCUAAUUGGGUUUUCUUUCUUGGAGUCGCGAUGUUAUCUCUGUAUACUGCAUUACAAUCACAUCGCCUGCUAAGGAGUUCAUCCAACCAAAGAUGAAUGCGGAAAAUGUGAACAUAGAACCAGUGACUGACUUAGGACUUUCUGUGGGUUAUUCUGACCAGUACAUUUCAAGAUCGCCUGCUAAGGAGUUCAUCCAACCAAAGAUGAAUGCGGAAAAUGAGAACAUAGAACCAGUGACUGAUUUAGGACUUUCUGUGGGUUAUUCUGACCAGUGCAUUCAGAGACAACCGAAAGAUGAAGGCGCAAGUGCAGGUGCAAAUGCAGGUUCAAGGAUAGACAUGACAUUUUUGAGCUCCAACCCCCUGUCUGAAUUAGUCUGGUCUCCACAUAAUGGUUUGAGUCUCAAAUGUGCUGAUUGUGGCUUCACCAAUAAAAAGGGCCCUCUUAUGUGGGGUGCAGGAUCAAGUAAUGUAGCCUUCUCGCUGCCUCAAAGCAUAUCUGGCAAGAGGUCUGCUACUGACAAACCUAUAGAUGAGGAAGUCAUUACGCCACAGGCAGCAUUAUAUGCAAACGAUAAUGUCGCUGGUACAAAUAAUUCAACCAGAUCCCCUACACGUCAUGAUGGCAUAAUCCCAGGAUGUGGCUCGAAUAAUAAAGAUGAGACUGGACCUGUUAGUGAUAUGGAAGAAAUGAGCUCUGCAGUGGAAUUAUCUGUUCCACAUAUUGCUCAAGAGGAUCAUGGGAGAAAGAGUGAAGAUCUUAUUGGUGAAGGCAGAGAUCUUGGAAGUGAACAAAUACUAGGAAUGAAUAUUGCUUUGGCCUCUGAUGUUCACCCUCAGCCUGUGGAUGAAUGCAAAGCUUCAGAAACUUCAGUCAAGAAUCUUAAGUUCCCAGGCAGAAGGCCUUUGGAAAAGCUUGAGCAAACUGCAGAGAACGAAUUACGGACUCCAAUUGGUGAAAAUGCUUGUAGUGCAGUGACUAAGAUGGUAGAAUCAGAAUUUGCUCACAAACUGCAAAACAGCUUUCAGCACAACAAAGAGGUACUUCAGAGAAACAUAACUGUUCAAAGUGAACCAUCCCCAGCUAACAGAAAUUUCCAUAGAAAUCGAAGGAAAGGAAAGGAAAAGGCUCUAUCUGAUGGAGAUAUUAAGGAAAGAUCAUUGAAAGAGGGAAAUGACAGCCACGAGAGUGUUGAAAGCUGCAACAGUGCUGGGUUGUUUUUAACAUGCAAGAAGAGGCCAAGCUUUGAAGAAUGCUUGAUUGCUGGGAGUAAAAGAGUAAAGAAGCAAAUUGAAAAGACACCCUGUUCAACGUCCUAUAUAAGACAAGAUAGCUCAUUUAUGAACUGGAUAACAAACAUGAUGAAGGGCUUCCCAAAACCGAUUCAAGAUGAGACACCUUCUCCUGCUCUUGUAAUUGCACCUCCUGAUCAUGGGCAUCAGGACCCUAAUUAUCAGAAUCUUCUCGCAUGCAACAAGAAUCAAGAUCCAGGAUUAAAAAAUAUUGGCUUCCGAUCAAUUUUUCAGUCCUUAUAUGGGCCAAAUGUGGAAGGAGAAACAACAUCAUUGAAUGCCAAAAAUGAUAAUGGAGAAUCUAAGGAACAUGAGCUGGCUAACAAGAUGUGUGACAUUAAUGCUACUCCAAUAGCCAUUCAUGGGGAUGAUGAUAACAAAGUCAAACCAUUUCUGUGGCCAAAUAAGAAGUUUGACUUACCAAUGUCUGGAAAUGGAGCAGCUUCAGCAACCCAGCCUAGGGUUUUUCCUUUAAAAUUCUCUACCUUUCAGAAAAUUGGAAAGACUAACUCCAGGGAGAAUAGAAAUUCAUGCAAAGUGGAAUUUGGUAGGGAAAAAAAUGAAACAAGCUCCACUUCCACUCCGUGUAAAGAUAAGAUUAGGAGUGCUGAGAACAUUGCUUCUGACCCAACAUCCAAAGGGAAGUCAACUAAUGAUUUUAGCUGCAGAAAUGAUCCUUUGCGAAGCUUGUGGAUAACUCGGUUUUAUUCAAAAACUUCUGGCCCCUUAUUAAACCCAGAUGAUUGUAGCCAGAGUAUUAGUGUGGGUGUUGAGUGCUCCAAUGAUCGCAUGAGGCUUCUUCCUUGUCCUUGGAAUUAUGAUGACAACAACCAAAAAAGUUUGGCAUUGAAGGAGCGCUCAGCUGAGGAUCCAAUGCCUGCUUUGGGUAAUGAAUCACAGAAACAUCCUGCUGAUACUGAGGCUGUCAUCGGUUCUAAAAGGAUGAAAUGCCAUAAUGAUCGGGAGUCUGCAUACAAACUGAACCCUAUAUUGCCUUCCCCAAAAUUUAGAAGUACAAUGGAAAUGUCUUCAAUCUUUGCAAGAAGAUUGGAUGCCCUCAAGCAUGCCAUGCCAUCAAAUGUAACAGAUAAUGCAACUCAAGCGACUAUAACCUGUGUCUUUUGCGGCAUAGAAGGACACCGUUUACAAGAGUGUUCUGAGAUAACAGAAAACGAGAUUGAAGAUCUUCUAAGGAAUUCCAAUUCAUAUAAGGCGGCAGAAGAAUUUCCUUGUCUGUGCAUUAGAUGUUUCCAGCUCAAUCAUUGGGCUGUUGCAUGUCCCAGUGCUUCCUCAAGCGGGAAACAUCAAACAAGAGGUGUUGCUUCUAUGGUUGGUCCUAGCAAGAUGCUGCAUAAGGAAGGCAAUAGAGAAAAUUUGAAGCUGCUAACUGGCCGGGGGAUACAAUGUCUAGCUGCUUGUGAUGAGAAUGAUCUUGGAAUACCAGAAUGGAAGCCAAAGGAAAUGAUAGCCCCUGUAAAAACCAUAUCUAAUGCAAACCUAAUGAAGAAGAAACACAUUGCUCCAAGUUUUGGGGUAAACUAUUCAAAAGAACAGAAUAUCAUGCUGGUCAAAAGGCAACUUUCAGAUGUACCAAAAGGAAUCUUCAACACCAUAAAAGGCCUUCGUUUAUCACGCUCAGAUAUCCUAAAAUGGAUGAACUCCUAUAUGUCAUUGUCACAUCUUGAUGGUUUUUUCUUGCGGGUGCGGCUUGGGAAGUGGGAAGGACUGCAGGGAACUGGAUAUCAUGUGGCCUGCAUUACUGGGAAGCAAAGAGAGAAUUCACCACAGAAUGCCAAAAACCCUGUGUGUGUAAGCGUAGGUGGAAACAAAUUCUUGGUGGGGAGUGAACACAUCUCCAAUCAUGAUUUCCUUGAGGAUGAGCUUAUGGCAUGGUGGAGUGCAACCUCUAUAGACGGUGGCAAGAUCCCAUCUGAAGAAGAUUUAACUGCAAAAAUCAAGAAGAAAAGAAUGUUAGGCUUAUAGCAAUCUGGUGAUUUCAAGAAUUAUCUAUGCAAGUCUCGGCCAAGUACAACUGUAGCACAGAUGAAGCCAGAGUGUGCAAGGUACAAAACUAGUGAGCCUAAUUGCAUUAUGUAUGUAAGUUUCUGAACUCCUUCAUGUUUGGUUAUGUAAAGCAUGUAUGUGCAGCUGAAGUUAUGGACUGUCCUCUUGAGUUGAUGAAGAAUAAAAUAUUUUUCUUUAUUUUUUUA